CGACCAUAUCCGAUGAGUUAUUAACUUUGGAAAUAGACGGGCCUCUUGAUAACGACUCUGUCUGAAAUCAGAGCUUGGAAAAGCAGACCGUUUCAUUAUGUGCUUCCCGCACAGGAGGGUGACUGUUUUGUUGCAACGAGCUGCAGUGGGUCAUUUGUCUGUAGCCUGUCAGCUCUGCCAUGAGUCCAUGAAGAGGUCUGUGUUCCUUUAGACGUUGAGAAGAAAAACGCCUCUGCUUCAAGAGCAUGGAGAAGAUGUCGCGGGUCACCACUGCCCUCGGCAGCGGCUCCAUCAGUGGGCGCACAAUGUUCUGCCACCUGGAUGCCCCCGCCAAUGCCAUCAGUGUGUGCCGGGAUGCCACGCAGGUGGUGGUGGCCGGCCGCAACAUCUUCAAGAUCUAUGCCCUGGAGGAGGAGCAGUUUGUGGAGAAGCUUAACUUGCGCGUGGGCCGCAAGCCCUCACUGAACUUCAGCUGCGCUGAUGUGAUGUGGCACCAGAUGGAAGAGAACUUGCUGGCCACUGCCGCCACCAACGGGGCAGUGGUCACCUGGAACCUAGGCAAGCCGUCCCGCAACAAGCAAGACCAGCUGUUCACUGAGCACAAGCGCACAGUGAACAAGGUGUGCUUCCACCCCACUGAGGUGUACAUGCUGCUCAGUGGCUCCCAGGAUGGAUACAUGAAGUGCUUCGACCUGCGCAAGAAGGAGUCCGUCAGCACUUUCUCAGGCCAGUCGGAAAGCGUCCGGGAUGUCCAGUUCAGUAUGAAAGAUUACUUCACCUUUGCUGCCUCCUUCGAGAACGGCAACGUCCAACUCUGGGAUAUCAGACGUCCAGACCGCUACGAGAGGAUGUUCACUGCCCACACCGGCCCCGUGUUUUGCUGUGACUGGCAUCCAGACGACAGGGGGUGGUUAGCCACUGGUGGCAGGGACAAGAUGGUGAAAGUGUGGGACAUGACCACCAACCGGGCCAAGGAGAUCUACUGCGUCCAGACUAUUGCCUCGGUGGCACGGGUCAAGUGGCGCCCAGAGAGGAAGUGGCACGUGGCCACCUGCUCCAUGAUGGUGGAUCACAACAUCUACGUGUGGGACAUCCGCCGCCCCUUCAUCCCUUUUGCCACCUUCGAGGAGCAUAAGGACGUCACCACGGGCAUCGUUUGGCGCCACCAGCAUGACCCUUACUUCCUGUUGUCUGGCUCCAAGGACAGCACACUCUACCAGCACAUGUUCAAGGAUGCCAGCCGGCCCGUGGACAAGGCCAAUCCCGAGGGCUUGUGCUUUGGGCUGUUCGGGGACCUGGCCUUUGCGGCUAAGGAGAGCUUAAUCAGCAGUGAGGGCAACAGGAAGCCCUACUCCAGCGGAGACCGCCGCUAUCCUAUUUUCUUCUUCAAGAAGCCUGACCCGACAGAACAGUUUGCGCAUGUGUCCAGUGCCCUCAGUGUCUUUGAGACAGACCUGGAGAGCAACCGCAUGGACUGGUUUGUCAAGACGGCACGUCUGUACCUUCUCAGUGGGAAGCCCUUCUCUGAGCUGUGUGAUCACAAUGCUAAAGUCGCCAAGGAGCUCAACAGACCUCAGGUUUCUACCACAUGGUCCAUGCUGAGAAUCAUGUUUUCAGACCCAGCGAACCUCACAGGGCCUGGCCCAAACCACAACAUUAGCAAACUUGGCAAUUUGCCUUUAAUGAACAGUUUCAAUAUGAAGGAGAUGGGGGCAGGAAUGGGUCCAGAGAGCCGACUGGACCGCAGUAAAGGUGAAAGCAGACAGGACAUUAUUCAUCUGGAACCUGGGAAUGCCCAUAUCGGCAACAACAAUGACGAGAACGAAGAGACAGAGGGCAGCGAGGGCCAGGCAGAGUACAUGUUUGGUGAUGCUGAGUUGGAUGACGAUGACCUUUACUCCAUGGAACACGACAACCAGACAGUAGAAGAACCGGAAUACACGCUGCCCCAGGAGGCCUUCCCUCUGCGCCACGAGAUCAUGGAUCAUCCCUCCGCCCCCGAGCACCUGCAGCAGGACAAAGCCGACUCGCCGCACGUCAGUGGCAAUGAGGCGGAGCUCACUUGCUUGACACCCAUUGAGUCCUUCUCCCUCAUCUCCAUCUCCCAGCCACUCUACAGCCCCCAACUGCCCUCCGCCUUCUUCUGCCCCGUGGUGCGUGACAUGCUUGGCUACUACGCUGAGCAGGGCGACGUGCAGAUGGCUGUGUCCAUCCUCAUCGUCCUGGGCGACCGCAUCCGCAAGGAGAUUGAUGACCUCACCCAGGAGCACUGGUACACGUCCUACAUAGACCUGCUGCAGCGUUUUGAACUCUGGAACGUCUCCAACGAGGUCAUCAAGCUGAGCACCUGCAGCGCCAUCACCUGUUUCAACCAGGCAUCUACAACUCUUCACAUCAACUGCAGCAACUGCAAACGGCCCAUGAGCAACAAGGGCUGGAUCUGUGACCGGUGUCACCAGUGUGCCAGUGUUUGUGCCGUGUGCCACCAUGUGGUGAAGGGACUGUUUGUGUGGUGUCAGGGCUGCAGCCACGGGGGACACCUGGAGCACAUAAUGAACUGGCUGAAGCGCAACACCCACUGCCCAGCUGGCUGUGGUCACCUGUGUGAAUACACCUGACCCCCAGAGGUCACGUAACUAGCUCGCUUUGGAAAUGGGUUGUAACAGUCCUUUAUCCAGUUCAACUGGAGAACACGCAGCACAACCCAACAAGACGUCUUCAACAGAAAAUGCACCCAUGUCCAUCGCCUAUGGUCCUGUAGGGAAGCGGGUUGGCCAUAAAGGACGGUUUUCAAAGUGUGGUUGGAAGUUCGGUCCAUUAACUCCAAUGAAGAAAGGAAAUAGUUGGUUGGAGGUUCCGAGCGCUUUCCUCCCACGAAGUCAAAGACAGCUGUUUGAAAGUAAACAUAUCAAAUUUGUACAUUUUCAUCUGCCAACGAGUUGCCUUUGUUUUUAAAUUCAUUUGUGAAACGUGAAGGACCACGCCGGCACAAAUAUUGGACAGACAUUCAAAGCCAAGCACAAUAACCCAUGACCUGUAUUUCUUCUGUUUUGUUUUUAAAUCCAUCCUGUUUGGAUGGAUUUAAUCGCUGUUGUCAGGUGGAUUGUUAAUGUGUGUACUGCUUCUGGAGCACUCUGGAUAACGCAAAACUAUUUCAUAAAAGAUUAUUUACAGCCGUUGAGCGCCUUCUGUCUUUGACAGGAGUCUGUUAAAGCA